AUGUCGCCGACACUGUUUCUUACCGGAACGACAGGCUAUAUAGGCGGUACCGUAUUGGACACGCUUUACAACGCUCAUCCGGAAUGGUCGUACAUCGUACUCCUCCGCAAGGUUCCUGACGGAUUUGAGGAGAAGUACCCCAACGUCCAGAUCGUGAAGGGAGACUACGACAGUAUCGAAGUGAUCAGCCAGGCAGCCUCUCGAGCUGAUAUCGUAGUUCACAGCGGGAACUCUGACCACGAGCCCAGCAUCAACGCGCUCAUCGCUGGUCUAUUGAAGCGUCCCAAGACGUCCUUCCUCAUCCACCUUUCUGGCACCGGCAUCGUCGCCGACUUCCGGGAGGGCAAGUACGUCGGCGAGCUGAACCCGAAGGUCUGGUCCGACAUCGAGGACAUCGACGCCAUCACCUCCCUCCCCGACGACGCCCUCCAUCGCAAUGUCGACAAAAUCAUCCAGGCCGCCGCCGCCGCCCACGGCGACAAGCUCAAGACCGCCAUCGUCUGCCCGCCGGACAUCUGCGGUAAGGGUCGCGGGCUGGGUAGGACGCAGAGCGUGCUUUUACCGGCGUACAAGGCGGAGAGCAUCAAGCUGGGCGCUGCCGUCUACACGGGGUCGGGCGGCAACGCGCGAAGCUGGGUGCAUAUCGAGGACUUGAUGAAGCUGUAUCUUAGUCUCGUGGAGGCCGCUGCCGCUGGAGGCGGUAACGCGGACUGGGGAAAAGAGGGAUAUUACUUCGCUUCAACCCACGAAUCGACUCAGUACGAUUUGGCCAAAGCUUCAGCCAAGUGCCUACACGCGAAAGGCUUGAUCCUGAGUCCCGAACCCAAGCAACUAUCGAUAGAAGAGAUUGACGGGCUAUUGAGUGACUGGAAAAUCCCAGGGAUCGCGCGGUACUUGUUCGCGGGCAACUCGCGGACGCGACCUGACCGCGCCACCAAGUUGUUUGGGUAUACAUCGACGGCGCCGACGCUGUGGGAUGUGCUGGAGGCUGAUUUCGACAGUACCAAUGACCCGCUUGUUUCGGCGGCAUUGGAUAAACAGUAA